AGCAACCAGAGCCCCCCUCAUCGACGCCGUCUUCUCCUCGCAUGCACGUACGCCUCCACGCCACGCCCUUCUUCUUCUUCCUCCCGCUGUGAUGGCUUCUUCCGCCGCCGAGCGGCACUCCCCACUUCUUGCUCUGAUGCUUGUGACCGCCGUUCUUCUGCUCUCCUCCUUCUCUGCCCUCGCGGCCGCGGGGGGGCCGAGCGCCUCAGCUGGGCCAACCGCUGUCGCCGCCGGGCGCGCGCGGCAGGACUUCCACGUGGCGACGACGCCAUUGCACGAUGCAGGCGUGACCAAGAACGGCGCGGGGAGACGACCGGUCGGCGGGAGAAGGAGGAGGAGAGCAGACCGCGGGCGCGUACGCGGCGGAGGCACCGGCGCGUGGGCGUUCUCGGGGAUGCUGCCCCGGGGGUUCGUGCCGCCGUCGGGCUCGUCCGCCUGCCACAACGACAUGCCGGCCACCGCCGCCGAUGGACAGUUGUACACAUGCGGCAGCUCCGUGCGACCGUGACGACUGAUAAGGAUCCAGUUCUUGCCUACUUCCAGUUCCAAGAAGGCAAGAACAGUUCUUGACGAGGUUCUUGCAAGUGUAAAUGUGGUGAGGCUUUAAUCUCGUCAUCUUCUCCGGUUACUCGCGGGGAACAGGGGGCUCUGAAUAAGACGAUGGAGCCCUGGCAAUGCACGCGAGCUCUCGUUAUUGUUUCGGUAGCCCUCUGUUCUGAAUUCUGAUCGAUUGUCGUGU